ACUGUAGCAGUAGCGGUGGUGGUAAGCGGAACAAACUCCUAGUUGGAGGAAGAGGGGAAGAUAAAAGAAAGUCCCCACCGUGCCAGGAAAUGAUUGUAGAUAAAAAGUAGGCUGGAUGGCGCUGAUGCAGGGUCAUUGAUUGCGCAGCGAGAGGCCAAACUGGACUGGAUUGAGAGCGCGCAGGACCGCUGGUACCAGUGGAGUGGGCUGUGGCGAGCGUGCAGGCUCUGCCAUACAGUGGCAGCGGUGACUACGACACACGGUACAGGCCGGCACCGCCACAAACCGCAGCCUCUUGUCACAUCGGCUUUCGCAUCACUCUGCGGAUGAUUCCUUCUCGUUGUCUGUUCCACGCGACGUGACCUGCAGUAAAUGAAUAAUAAGUUUGUAAAAAUCGCAGCAAAUUUCCGCGCUCGCCCGAUCAGGCACGUGUGUGCGGACGAAGCUGUGAUCACGGGACCGCAGCAGCCCGACACGGAACAAGCGUAGUGGCUAUUGAUGUGCAUGCUAGCGCUGCCGUCCUGCAGUGUUUUCCAGGCAGCGUUGUUUUUUUCCUGUGUUAUUUAUUUAUUGGUUGGUGCUUUUUCCUGUUUUGGACACGGCAUGUUUGUUCCGCGAGUGGGAGAAGCGUCUAAACAUGUUGGCGUGUGACUGGUCGCUGGUUUUGUGAGGUUAUCAAGUUCGCGUGGCCGGGACAACGUGUUGAAUACUCUUUCGCUUUUCGGACCGGAGCAAGCAACAUAGUUUAUAGAGCCCGAACAGUAUAGUCUUGGAGAAGAGAGCUUUCUUCUACAUCCUCACACUUCUAAGCGUGUAACUAAGUUCUUCAGCAAGUGAGUGCCAAAAAUUUGGCCUUGACGUUUUGGGAAAGACAGCAGGUCAGUAGAACUCUGAUUGUAGAAUUUUAAUUUUUUUUCAGCGCAUUGAUAAAUAAUACUUUGAGUUUGCAUGUCAGUUAGUGAACCAGGCCGCAUAUUAGAGGAGAGUGAUUAGACCAUCGAGUUCACAGAAAUAACCAUUAUUUAAAUUAUGAAACUGUGACAAGAUUGAACAGGCAGUUGCAGGUCAUCGGAACGGUUUCCUCUGCUUAGCAGCAGGAAAAAGAAUAUUACAUUAAGAUCAGUUUGGCAGAAUGGGCAACAAGCUACGAAAGUUGCGUGAUGCAGUCAUUCCUUCCAAUGAAGAUGUAGGUUGUGAAGGGAGCUACCGUCCUGUAGACACUGACAACAGGCUCCAGGCGGCAGAGAGAACUUGUUUCCCUGUUGAUCCCCACUUCCCUGCCCCCUCCUCACAAACGUGUUGUCCAGCAUUUUCUGAAAGGCAGGGUGAGCAGGAGCUCCAGCAGGAAUUACACGAUGAAAGCCACGCAGAGCCACCGCAACGCCCUGCAAGUCAACACCAGCUGCCGCAGGAACCAGAAUCGUUAAGAGGAGCAGAGGAGCAGGUAAAAGACAAGAGCAAGUCCGCCACCCCGCCCAGUGACGAGAAGGAAGAUGACAUGUCCACUACACCCCCCAACUUCCCGCCCGCCAAGAUGACGAGGAUGCGGCGCGGGGCCGUCAGUGCUGAGGUGUACAAGGAGGAGGACGCCGCGCAGUACGUCAAGAAGGUAGUGCCAAAAGACUACAAGACGAUGGCAGCAUUGUCCAAAGCCAUUGCCAAGAACGUCCUGUUUUCUCACCUGGAUGACAAUGAGCGAAGUGACAUCUUUGAUGCCAUGUUCCCUGUUCACCGUCAUGCUGGGGAAGUGAUCAUUCAGCAAGGGGAUGAAGGCGACAACUUUUAUGUUAUCGACCAGGGAGAAGUUGAUGUGUAUGUCAAUGGGGAGCAUGUGACCACAAUAGGUGAAGGUGGCAGCUUUGGUGAACUGGCUCUUAUCUAUGGCACUCCCAGGGCAGCAACUGUCAAGGCGAAGAAUGAUGUGAAGCUGUGGGGUAUUGACAGGGACAGUUAUCGGAGAAUCCUUAUGGGAAGCACAAUCAGAAAGAGGAAAAUCUAUGAAGACUUCCUCAGCAAAGUCUCAAUUUUGGAGAAUCUUGACAAGUGGGAGCGGCUAACUGUGGCUGAUGCUCUAGAACCUGUACAGUUUGAGGAUGGAGAGGAGAUUGUGAGACAGGGAGAACCAGGCGAAGACUUCUUCAUUAUUUUAGAGGGUACUGCAGCAGUGCUCCAGCGCAGAGCAGACAAUGAGGAGCCAGUGGAGGUUGGGCGCUUAGGACCAUCUGACUACUUUGGUGAAAUAGCGCUGCUGUUGGAUCGGCCUCGUGCAGCAACAGUGGUGGCCCGGGGACCUCUCAAGUGUGUCAAGCUGGACCGUGCACGCUUUGAACGUGUUCUGGGGCCAUGCUCAGACAUCCUGAAGCGCAACAUCUACCAGUACAACAGCUUUGUCUCCCUCUCCGUUUAGGUGGAACUUUAGCUUUCACAAUCAAGAUCACCGGACACUGAAGUUUGUCCUUAUGUUGAAACACUGGUUAUUGGAGUAGUGACAGCUAUGAAUGUUUCCCUGUGUUCAACCCAGUUUUCUGUUAAAAUAGUACCCUUUUUUAAAGCAGUGAGACUGACAUUGUAUGCUAUGUACAGCACAGAAAUACUCACAAGGACUUUGUGAGCCUUAAUAAAGCUGAACUUAGUUUUGUUUUUUGCCAAGCCAGUAGUAAAAAAAAUACAGCUGACUGAAAAAUUACCUUUCGCUACCUCUGAAUGCACACAUGUGCUAUUUUCUCAUAGCAAAAUAUGUAGGAGAAACCAACAUGAAAGUUGUCUUUGUGCAAACAACAGGAUAAAGUUGCCAAAAGAUAACUUGUGUAAAUGCACUCUUCAGACAGUUGGGCGGGGGGAGGCGAAGUGUGUGUGUUGGUGCAAGAUAUAGCUUUAGGUCGGACAUUUAAGCAUUGUGAUUUUCUUCAUAUUUUAUUUGUUGAUGUAGAAAAAACAAAUCAGGGGAUUAUUGUAUUUGUCAGGGUUACAACUGGAAAUUGUGAAUAUCUUGUCAACAUGCAAAAAUGAAUGCACACUCUUGUUGUGCUUGAUAUUUGGAGGGGUAUCAUUUGACAUCUUCUGUAUAUCUGUCAUUUCUCUUGGGGCUGUUUGUCUUAUUGUAUGGUGAUAGCUAGAAAAACAGUGGUGCUCAGCCACCAGUGUCAUUCUCAUGUUUGUGGACCUCGCUGCUGUUUUUCUAAACUUAAUUGUAAUAAUCAAGCAAUAGAUAUGUGACCUGUAUUUCUGCAUUCUGGAGUCUUUUUUUUUAACAUAUGCAGGUUUUGACACUUCUGUUUUACCUCCAGACUGUACAUGGUCAUUGUAGGUGCAAAAUAUUUUUUAAGGUGAUCUAUGUUGGAAAAAAAUACAGCAUGCUCAUUAAUAACUGAAAUGGUUUCAGCUUUGUUUUCUUUCAUUUAGCAUAUAGUCUGCAUAUUUACAAGUGCAUUUGUAUAUUUGUUUAAACUACUGUUGCUUAUUUUCAAACACAUCUUCAAAGAUUCAUGUUAAGGGAAGGACUCUUGAGGUGCGUCUUCAGUGCAGCAGUUGCGCUAGUCUCUGCAUUUAAAAACGAAAUAAUUAUGUAGCAGCAACAAUCACCAAAGUAGCUCAGCUCUUUCUCAAACAUUUUAAAUAAAGGCACAAUGACAGUAACAAAUUACAAUACUUGUAAACUUGUGUCAUAUGCUGUUAAGAUGUAUGGUUGACAUAGCUGGUGCAGUGAAAACGUACGCAUAAUGUUUGCAGACAAUCAGACAAGUAGUUAUAAACAAAUCCCCUACGAUGGCACAAAUAUGAUAAAAAGAAAAAUCACCGAAGAGACAGCUAUCAGGCUUUUAUUGACAAUAUUGGACCUUUCCACAGUAAGUGUUUUUUUAAAUAUAAAAUUCACAGCAUUUGUUAGAUAUUAUAAAUAAGUAAACCCUGAGGUAGUAUGCUGCUGGUACAGGCCUCUAGUCUUAGCAGCUAAGGUAAAUCUUAAAGCACAAAAACACUAAGAGAUAUGUUUGCUGAGUAAAAUCUUAAAAGAGUAUCUGAACCAUAUCAUUAACUCAAAACUAAAACUUGUACUCCAAUUGCAUUUUUAAAAAAAUCAGCUUGCAGUUGUCAUGUGCAGUGAAUCUGCAUGUACUGCUUGCAUGCUGAUUUGCUUCACAGAGACAGUCAUAAAAAAAUCACAUUCGUUUAAAAAGCAUUUGCAUAUGUACACAACUAAAGUAAUAUUUGGAGCAAAACAAGUGACACCAGUGACCAUUUCCUCUUGUCAAGGGAUUUCUCCCUUGAGAUUAUGCUAUCUAUUGCCUCCAGUCUACAGACUACUUCAACCAUGACGAGUCAAAGCAGACACUUAAAAGGGUGUAUUGUGGAUAUCAGCUUCAGAGUUUAUUAAUCUGCCACCAACCUUGUAUGUAAAAUGUAUCAAAGAGAUUUGAAUGUAGAACAAAGGAUUUCAAACUGUAGGGAACCCAUUGGUCUUUCAUAUACCAAAUUACUACUUCCCAGCUCAAACCUCACAGAACAAACAAAAAAAAUGUGCAUGCUGGUAAUUGUGAAUAGUUUAGAUAAACCAAUCAAGAAUUAGAUUAAGAUUUUUUUUCCCCCUUGCUGGUGAGUAGAUAUGUGAUAAGUACUUUUCCUGUUCAAAAGAAGUGUACAGUGACGACCUUUCACUGGACUGUAGGAGUUGCCAAUGCUACAACAGUAUCAAAUAAAACAUCAAAAUAAUGUGGAAAAUAUUGUAAUGAGGAAAUCAUUGUUAGACUAUUUAACAUACAGAAUUAGUAUGCAUGUCCUUCCUGUAGAAUGCUUAGUGUUUUUGCUGUUGCUAAAAUGCAUCAGAAAUGUAAAUUUGUUGAAAGAGCAUAUUUUCUGGUCAUGUUCUAGAAUUUAGAUACUUGCAAUAGCCUGUAGCACUUUUUUUCAUUGUAAUUUGUUUUUCUUAUAUAGUCAUAAGAGACUGCCAAAGUUGUAUUUCUCUAGUAUUGCUGUUGUUUUGGGAUGAACAUUCUUAUCUGUUGAGACUGUGACUGUACAGCAGUUUGUGUGUGCAGCUCCAUUUUCCUAUAUCGAAGUUUUAAACCUGUCUCUGCAUUGC